UAAAGAUGUCAAGACUUCUGAAAUCCCUUGAUUAGAACAAGCUACUUUACUGGCUCUACCUACCACUGCCACCAUGGUUUUCCUUUGAAGGUCUUCAAGGUAAAAUGGGCCUAAGCCACUCUAAGGCUCACCCUAGGGUGACCAGAGUAGCACCCCUACAAGACAUAGGAGAAGAAGCUUCCUCAGUCUGCUCUGUGGACUUUGCAUCCAAUCUCAAUCUGGAAGAAAAUAGUUCACAUUCCUUCCCACGACCCCAGGACCAGCCUAAAGCUGUGGAAGGGCAGCUGCCGCCUCUACGAGAGACUUGGUAUGGAAGAUAUUCUGCAGGGCCCAGGGCCAUGCAUUUUGACACCCCCCUGGAGCAGGGAGAAACAAGUAUCAUUAAGAGGCAUCCACCUCGAAGACUUCAAAUGCUGGAAUCCAGUGACCUGCCACAAGUAGUUACUUCUGGGAAGCUCUGGAGCCAGCACACAGCAAGGACAACACACAAAGCAAAGGAACUGGAAAAGAAGAUGCAAAUACCAUCAUAUAUUUCUGGGAAAAGACAAUAUUUACAUAAGAUGCAAAUGCUGGAAAUGAACCGUAAAAGACAAGAGGCCCAAAUGGAGUUAAAGAAAGAUUGUCACAGGGAGGCAAUAAUUAACAAACAAAACCCAAGGGAGCAUAAAGCCAAGAGAAUUCUUCAAAGCCUCCCCAGGAAUGACAAGGACGACCUCACCUGGGUGCCUGAUGAAACUGUGAACAGAAAUCCAGCUGCAGGUGCUGCAGGUGAAGGUGAUUGCGAUGAAGACUUUGUGGCGAAUCGAGGUUGGUUCAGCGAGCCCUGGCGAUGCACUGCUUAAAGCACUCCGCUGUUAACCACAAGGCUGGCAGUUUGAACCCCCUGGCUGCUUCGUGGCAGCUUGCAUGAAGAUUUACCAGCACGUUUUCGGAUGGUUCUGUUCUAGCUGUGAUGCAUCAGAAUCCUCUCACCGGUUUCCAAGUGAGGGCCAAUCGACACUAUUAAAGAACAAGUGGGAGUUUUCUGUAUGUAGGUCGUGUGUAACCUGGGGACUUCAUGUAGAUGAUACUGCGUGAGAUCACAUGGCAAAUUGAUAUCACAGCCUUUUUGCGCCAUGUCUGGGCCUUCCUCUCCCCUGGGCUGUCCCCUCCCCUGCAAGUCAGCCCUCUCAGGCACGCUCAGAAUGUCUAAAGUCACCUGAGCAUCAUUUCCCACUCUGCGCUUGCUCCCCCUGCUACCCACACUGUCUCUGGGAGCGAGGUCUCUGUGCACCAGCCAGGAACCUAGG